CUUCUUCCCAUUUCCCUUCCAGUCCCCAGUUCCCUCCCGGGAGUUAACUAGCAACUAGCUGUUAACCAGCUCCUUGUAUUACUCUUUCCUUCUUGAAACACUUUCUCCUCUUGGCCUUUGUGACUUUACAAGACUCUCCUGGUUUUCUCUCUGCCCACCGUCCACUCCUCCCCUGUCUGCUUUCUGGCUUCUCCUCUGUUCGAUUGGUGAUUAUAGUGACUUAAUGCUUGGUCCCGGGACAGCUUCUGUCUAAUUUUCCCACUCUCUUGCUUGGUGUCUGUAGCGCUGUACCAUGUAGGAGUUGGCGUCCAGCCAGGUAUUCAGCCAGGCCCACUUUCCACAAAUCUCAGACUGUAACUGCAUGCUUGGCAUAUCCAGUUGGAUGUCUGAGAAAUGUCUCCAGCUCAGUACGUCCAAAUCUAAACAAAGGUGGAAGUGUGGAACUCCAUGGUACGCAUUUCACUUCUCCUAGUCCACGCCUCGUCCUUCUCGAAUCUUUUUCUCAGUAAAUGGUACUGUCAUCUAGCAAUUGCUCAGAUCCCAAAUUUAAGUCUCAUCCUUAAUUCUUCUUUUCCCCUUAUUUCCCCAGAGCCAUUCCAUAAAGGAAAAGUUUUGUGGGCUCCACUUCUAGACCAUGCCUUGAGUGCGUCUCCUUCUCUUCAUCUGCACUUUGGGCACACCCUCCCCUCCUCUCAGCCUUCUCUGGGGCCACCACGGACCUGGUCUCCCGGCUUCCACGCUGGCCCUCUGCAGUCUGUCCAGCACUCCUCUGUUGAUCAGUGCUGACGGUUGGGCAGGGGUUGUGUGAGUUCUGAGCUGCUCCUACAGAGAAGGUCUGUGUCAUCAGGCCUCUUGAGUCUGCAAGCCCAGUUGGAGCUUGCACUGUCCCCCUUGCCCUGUCCUUUCUAAAGAAGCCCAGGCUAGCCCAAGGAGGACAGGCUAAGAGUGCAGCUGCCUGCCUCGCACACCAGGAUCUUUCCUGCUGCCUCCCACACACCUCUCAUUUCUGACUCUCCUGGUUCUUGGGCUCCUGUGCUUCGGCUGCAUUCCUCCUGUGGCUGCGGAAGUUGCCUUGGCCUUGGGUUCUCCCACUUGACUUCUGCCUUGGAAGCUCUAGAGCACCUGACUUCUGGUGCCCAUUCUCUGACCUCAUCACGGGACGGAGGUUGCCACACCCCGCUCCUCCUUCCCCGGGCUCUGUAACUGGACACUCCCUCCUCAUUAAAGAAGGGGCUGGAUGUGCUUGUCACAGAAUUGAAGGAAGGAGCACGCCCUAACCAGAGAGGGCAUGCGUGCUGAUCCUGUAGUUAAACCAACAGCAAGCAAGUCGUGGACGAGGUGUUUCUUCCCCGGGUGGUCUGGCGAGGAAAUGGGCCACCUCUGGAGCGGGAGCCUCUGCUCCUGGGACUCAUUCACCGUAAGGUGAUUCUUGUGAUCCUCGCCUUAGGCGCUGAGGUCCAUGGAACGACUUGUUAGAGUAUUUUUCUCUUUUACAGUUUGACACCAAAGGUGAGGGACAUCGGCUUUCGACAUCAGAGGUAGAAAGCACCCAGGGUCUCCAGGAUGAGUGUCAGUAUCUCCUGCAGCCGCAGCUGAUUGUCCGGCGUUUGCUGGAUGUGGCUGUCCUGGUUCCUGGUCGUCCCUCCGAGCAAACCCUCUCUCCCCACAAUCGUUCAGCCCUGUACAAGCCCCACCGCUGCACAACUCAAGCUCGGUAGCCUGCGGCGGAGCCUCAGUAUGCCAGCUGGAGCUGGCGCUGCCCCCCUGGGGGCACUGGGUCUACGUGCGUGUGGAGACACCAUCCCGGGGCCCUGGCAGGACCAUCCGCUUCCAGCUGUGUGUGCGCUUGCAAGAGUGCCCACAGCCCAGCUUGUCUCGUGCCCUGGUCCCUGGAGCUGCCAUGAACAUGCCCCAGUCAUUGGGCAACCAGGCACUGCCCCCUGAGCCACCGUCCCUUGGGACAUCCGUGGUGGGGCCCGGGACCACAUCGCCACCUGAGCACUGCUGGCCAGUACGCCCGACCCUGCGCAACGAGCUGGACACCUUCUCUGUCCACUUCUACAUCUUCUUUGGUCCCAGCGUGGCCCUUCCCCCUGAGCGCCCAGCCGUGUUCGCCCUGAGGCUGUUGCCAGUGCUGGACAGUGGAGGCGUCUUCAGCCUGGAGCUCCAGCUCAACGUGAGCUCCCUGCGGCAGGAAAAUGUGACGGUGUUCGGCUGCCUGACUCACGAGGUGCCCUUGAGCCUGGGCGAUGCAGCGGUGACCUGUUCCAAAGAGUCCCUGGCUGGCUUCCUUCUCUCUGUCAGUGCCACCUCCAGAGUGGCCAGGCUGCGAAUCCCAUUCCCGCAGACAGGGACCUGGUUCCUGACCCUCCGCUCCCUGUGUGGGGCAGGGCCUCGGUUCGUGCGGUGCCGCAAUGCAACAGCCGAAGUGCGGCUGCGCACCUUCCUGUCCCCAUGUGUGGACGACUGCGGGCCCUACGGCCAGUGCAAGCUGCUGCGCACACACAACUACCUGUACGCGGCUUGCGAGUGCAAGGCUGGGUGGCGGGGCUGGGGCUGCACGGACAGUGCGGACGCACUCACCUACGGAUUCCAGCUGCUGUCCACCCUGCUGCUCUGCCUGAGCAACCUCAUGUUCUUGCCACCCGUGGUCCUGGCCAUUCGGAGCCGCUACGUGCUGGAAGCUUCCGUCUACACUUUCACCAUGUUCUUCUCCACGUUCUAUCACGCGUGCGACCAGCCAGGCAUUGUGGUGUUCUGCAUCAUGGACUACGAUGUGCUGCAGUUCUGCGAUUUCCUGGGCUCCCUGAUGUCGGUGUGGGUCACUGUCAUCGCCAUGGCUCGUUUACAGCCUGUGGUCAAGCAGGUGCUGUAUCUGUUGGGAGCUAUGCUGCUGUCCAUGGCUCUGCAGCUUGACCGACAUGGACUCUGGAACCUGCUUGGACCCAGCCUCUUCGCCUUGGGGAUCUUGGCCACAGCCUGGUGCGCAGUGUCCGCCGUCGGCACUGCUACCCACCCACGUGGCGUCGCUGGCUUUUCUACCUGUGCCCGGGCAGCCUUAUUGCCGGCAGCGCCAUCCUGCUGUACGCGUUUGUGGAGACCCGGGACAACUACUUCUACAUUCACAGUAUUUGGCAUAUGCUCAUCGCUGGCAGUGUGGGCUUCCUGCUGCCCCCUCGUGCCAAAGCCGACCCCCGGGUCCCCUCUGGCGCCCGGGCCCGGGGCUGCGGAUACCAACUGUGCAUCAAUGAGCAGGAAGAGCUGGGCCUUGUGGGCCCAGGAGGGGCCACCGUCAGCAGCAUCUGUGCCAGCUGAGGGGAGCUUUGGGCCUGGCCCUUGGGAAUAGGAGCCUGUCCUGGGGUUCGCCCCUAGGGCUUGGAGCCUUCCCAGGGACCAGAGAGAGAGGACAUGGAGUCUUGCUCAAGGACAUAGAACUCUUCCAGGAGCCAGUCCCCGUGCCUGGAGAGCUGCCUGAGGGCCUGGGGUCCUGCAUCCAUGGAGUCCUUCUUCAAGGCUGGAGCCCGUGCAGUGCUCAGAGCCCCCUCAGCACCCAGGAGUCCCUUCCCGGAGAUCUGGAGCCCUCCCAGAGACGUGGAUUCCUUCCCAGGGAGACAGAGUGCUGUCAGGAAGCAGGCGUCAGCCCAGAGCAAAUGGAGCCCACCUUGGGGAAGCCGAGUCUGCAGGCUUUCCCAGAGGCUCAGCAGCUCUGUCCUCGGGCUGCCUUCGCAGAGGCUGGGCUUGGCUGCAGGGGCGGAUGCAGGACAGAUGGAGUGGACCGGGUGCUGGUAUCCUGCGUUGGUACAGGUGGAGUCUGGUGUGUCUCCAAUGAAGUCCGUGCUGGUUCUGUGCUGCCUUCUUGCCUGGGGCCAAGGGGUUGGGGAAAGGAGGGAUGGAGGGACCCUGAGGAAAUCAACAGGGGCAGUGGGAGCCCAGCCUGGACCAGCUGCGGGAGCUGCUGCCUGAGGUUGUUGCUUCACCAUCCACACCCCCGCCUCCCAUUCUUUGGUCCCUAGGUUCCUGCCUAGGCACUUCCCAAUGCUAAUUCCUCAGUCCUGAUGGAGUCCAGUGUGCAGUAGCUGUGGUGUGUGUGUGUGUGUGUGUGUGUGUGCACAUGUGUGUGCAUGUGAAUGAGAUGACUUACAUCAGUGACCUGCACUUCCCUCACGAUGCCGCACCCAACAGGGAAGGAAGCCAGGGCUCAGGAAAUCGGAGUGACAGGUACAAAUCUGUGCAGGAAAUAUCGCAAGAGUGUGACUUCUGUUUUGAGUCCCCAUUUCUCCUGAGCGCCAGACAUAACCUUUAGAGAUUUCCUCUUUCCACACAGUCAUGGCAGAGCUUUUUCUAAAUUAUUAAUUUAGAGGCAGAGAGAUGGGGUGGGAGGGGGAGAGGAGAGGGAGGGAGAGAGCGCGUGCAUGCGAGAGGGGUCCCAUAUGCGGAUUUAUUCUCCAAAUGCCUACAACAGCUGGGGCAAAGCAGCAGCAAGGGGCUCAGCGUGGCUCUCCCACGUGGCGGAGGACUCCAAUUACGUGAGCCAUCACCGCUGCCCCCCAGAGUCUGCAUUAGCAGGACACUGAGGUCAGGAGCAGAGCUGGGGUGGAGCCCAGGCACUGAUGUGGGAGGUGGGCAUCUUAAUUACUGAGCCCCCACUCCCACAGCUGAGUUCUGAGAGGCUUAUAGAACGCCAAGACGUUGGGGGAGCAUUCUCCCUGCUCCCCAGUGUCCACACUGCAUCUGGCCCCUGAGACUUUCGUCAUUCCAUCUGGCCCCCAGGCAGCAGCCCAGACAGGCCCUCUGGGGUGGGGGGAGGUUUCCCAUUCCCAAAUGCAGCCUGAGGCUCUCUCCACCACUUCUCCUCCUUAGGCAGACGCCUGUGUGGUUGUCUGAGGUCUUGGCUCUGCAGACAUACCUUGAAGCUGUUCCUGCUCUGGGUAUUACUCAACAGUCCACACGUUGUAAAUCCUGCAAACCUAUGCAGGGGUUUGGCCCUAGCAGUGGGGCCCAGGACCCCUCUCUUUUGUGCUCUCACUUGCCUGCUCUUCUCUCUUCAUUCCUCCUUUUUGCUAGUUAACUUUUACUUAUGUUUUCCCCCAAAUAUUUCAUCUAUCCGUGCCUUAAGUCAUCUCGUUUCCAUUAUGGGCCUGUGCUUUUGAAGCCCCAAAGCCAGGAAAUCAUUGCUUUCUUCCCUGCUGUCUGCAGUCACAUCUCUUCCUUGGGCACUGGGCAGAGCAUGACGCAGCAGUGACUGGGCUGGCCGCUCUUUGCAUACCCGAGACACGUCAUCACAGCAGGAUGUUCCGAGCCAGGUCACCAGGACGCUCGAGCCCAAACGGCUGUGUGUCAGGACAGAGUUCGCUGCUGGAGACAAGCUCCAGCCAGUCCAGGGGCCCCAAGGUGUGAGAGGUGUCGGCGCUCGAAGAAAUGAGACACACUCCCAGCAAGGCUGACGGCAUGGCUGUGGCUCGCCAGCACCAGACUUUAAUUUUAUAUCAUAAGCCACAUAAUGACUCUUUUUUCUCACAAUAAUAAGUCUGUUGUCCACUUUUUUCUAAUUACAAUUUCUUUGAUUUUCAAGGGCAUAUUCAGAGCAUGGGUUGCAAUCACAGACAGGUGCAAGAUAACGGGCUGCCCACACAAGCCAAGGCCCGGAGUGCUGUCGAGCUAUGCAGAAAUUGGCUACACAAGCUAGAACAGUACCUUCCUAAUCUAAUCUUUGCUAGAAGCCCCAAGUUCAAAGCAGGCCCCUUUUAAAAUGUAUCCCCUCUUUGCAGUUCUUUCUGUAAUUCUAAUUUCUUUAUUGUACUUAUUUAAAUGUUCACUAGAUCUAUUCCACAGUUUUGACAUCCUAACCAUUGUAGUAUUUGUAGCAUAUAUUGAAUUAAAGCUUUAAUAACAUUUA